AGCACUCUUUCGAUUUUGAGGCUAAUUUCAGUGGGCACACGACUUUGGCACGGUUUAGUAUCGUCGCGACAAUUAUCGUAAUUAACUCGUUUAUGUGUUGUGUGCUAAUCCAAUUACCAAGUUCGCACAGGAUGCCCCCAUUUGCGGCAGGCGAACAUAACACAAAUUAAUUCAAUCAAUCGGACACAUGAAGAAUUGAGUUUAAAAUUCGAAAAAAUCAAUUCCACUACCUUGAGUUCAAUUUGUUGGAAAUUAAAGUUAAAGAGUUCAACCUUCAGCUAGAAGUCGCGACGGAUUUCCUAAACAUGCUUAACUACCAGCAGCAAUUGCAUUCGCUGCCCGUCGGCAAUCCGGGAAAUUUUUACUACGGACCGACGGUUUCCGGCGAGAUAUACCCAUCUCACCAAUCGCUUAACCUGGAGUCCGAGGACAAACUGGAGGAUCGGGAAGAAAGUGGCAGGAGCCUGGACAAAAUGCACAGAUUCUCCGUGGAUAAUAUCAUGGAAAUGAAGCACGACGCCUAUUCCAAGGGAAAAAUGGCCAUGGAACUCAGUGGCAACUUUGGCCCCACUGGCGCAGGAUGCGGUGGCGGAGAUCGGGCAGCUCCCUGCUCCGGAAAUCUGCCGGCGGGUGGUGGCCACCACUCGAGGAAGCCGCGCCGCAAUCGCACCACCUUCAGCUCCGCCCAACUGACGGCCUUGGAGAAGGUCUUCGAACGCACCCACUAUCCGGAUGCCUUUGUUCGCGAGGAGCUGGCCACCAAGGUGCAUCUGAGCGAGGCCAGAGUUCAGGUCUGGUUUCAGAAUCGGCGUGCGAAAUUCCGGCGGAACGAGCGGAGCGUGGGCUCCAGGCCACUUCUGGAUACGGCUCCUCAGUUGGUGCCGGCGCCGAUUAGCAAUAAUAUGCACAAAUAUGCCAAUAUGCCACACCCACACCCACCGCCGCCACCGCCCCCCGGCGCGUACGCCCUCAACUUUGGGCCACUGGAGCUGCGCUCGUGCCAGAACUAUACGAACUGCUACGGGGGAUUCGGAUCGAGUGGUGCCAGCAGCAGUGGCGUCUGCUCCUUCUUUGGGGCCACCAACUACUGUGUGGCCGCCAAUUAUGCGAAGAACGCCUAUCCGCCGCUGUGAUGGCGCGGCUAGCUUUAAUGGGCCCCACGAGGUUACUUCAUGCAUAUGUAUUUCAAUUAGCCAAAUUGCAUUAAUGCUUAAAAACGUAUUAGGACCGGCAUAUGCGCCUACCUGACUAAUAUUUAUACUUAUACUUAUGCCGACACAGAUGCAGACACAUUCACAGAUACAGAUACAGAUACAGACACAGAUACAGAUGUGACGCACUGAAGGAGAAAACCCAAUAAAUAACAUUUUCUAAGAAAACACGGGCAGUGUGUAUUUGACUGGGAGCUGUGUUUAUUUUUUGGAAAAUCUACUGCGCUUAAGGGCCAAUAAACUACAAUUUGCUAGGGCACAAACUGAACUGAAGAAAGAUUGAACAUAAUCACGUUUGGAUAACUCUUUCGAUUGGAUUAUCUUGCGAGACACAAGCAAUUACCUUCUCGUCAAUAUGUGAAAGUUUUCCAUUUACGAAACUGUCACUCAGGCGCUUGGAUAUGACAUGGCUUAUUUAAUUAUUGACUUAGUAAUACGAUUUAAUUAAAAAUUCAUAACCCCGCCGCACACUGGCAAAGCAGCUCGAGGCUUCCAUUUGCAUCUGCGAGUGUGUGUUAUUUCACCCGCAUGUGUU